UAACAGACCCAUUUUCCUUGACGGUACAAUAUUCUUCCUACAGAUAUCUUCAGCUUUGAUUGAUUGGGUCUUCGAUCGUGCUAUCACCAUGAGUAAAAGCCAUGUGAUCAUUGUCGGCUAUCUCGAUCCGGUCACAGCAUCACAGUCAUCGCUCGAGAUCUUCCUGGCGAUUCCCACAUCGACUACGCCUCCCCAUGGGCUGGUGCCCACUUCCGCCCCUCCCCCCGCAAAAACGCCUGCAGAGGAACUCGAACAACAACUUAUGCGAGAUACAUACAGCGAACUUGAGGUCCUGGCAAAGCAGCAUCCUGAAUCUGGCGUGAAGAUUGUACCAGCCAUCGAGUACUUUGACUCCGCUGAUGCGAAAUCAUUUCUCGCCAAGGAGAACGGCUAUAUUGACUGGCCCGAUUUUCGGAUCCUAAAGUCGGAGGAAUAUCCUGCUCAUCAUGACUCGAUCCAAUUGGGUGUCACCUACCGCAGUUGGGUCUUGAAUUCUCCUGUUUACUUGCAGUGGUGCCGGAAGCAGGCUGAAGAGCAGGGUGUCCAGUUUGUUCGUGCGAAUGUAGCGUCCAUGGACGAAGCAGUUCCCGUGUUCCAGCAAAGGGUGCAAGAAUGUGAAAACAGUGACAUCCGAGCUGUUAUCAACGCGACAGGUCGUGGAUUAAAUGAUCCAGACUCUUUUCCCUCUCGAGGUCAGUUCAUCAUUGUGUCUAAUCAGUGCGACAAGACGAUCAGUCACCAUUGGGCAGAUGACUCGUCGACUGUGAUCAUUCCCCGGCCUUUGGGUGGAGGUACAGUCAUUGGUGGGACAAAGGAACCUAACAAUUGGUCUGAGGACAUAUCUGACACUGCAACUGAAACAAUCCUCAAAAGGGUUGCAGGCAUCUGCCCUGAGCUAAUCAACCAAGAGAACUCCGCUACUGAAAAUUCUCAUGGAUUCGACAUUCGGCAGGUUUAUAUAGCUCGUCGACCAAUGCGACGAGGCGGUUUGCGCCUGGAAAGGGAUAAAACGAGCGGAGGCAUUCCUCUGAUACACUGUUACGGUGCUGGUGCAAGUGGCUUCAAAAUAAGCUGGGGUGUAGCCAGACAAGUCGAGUUCCUGGUUGCUAAUACAGACCUGCUUGUGAACGAGCCCUUGGAGACAUAAUGAGCUUGCCAGCCAUAUCUUCCGCUUUCGUGCCAUCCCGCUCGCUCCCUCGGGGUUACUCUAUCAGGUUUGACGUUCUUGGAUGUUUUUGUUUA